GAUGAAAGAAGUAAUAAAAAUGAUAGUUAUAAUAAUGUUGUGGAGUAUAAUAAGAAAAGAGUUGUAAAUUUAAAAAAUAAUAUAUCAGAAAAGUGUGGAAAUGAACAUUAUGAAUAUUAUAAUGAUUAUCGUCAUGAUAAUAAUAAUAAUAAUAAUAAUAAUAAUUGUUCAUAUAGUCACUUUGAUAAUACAUAUAAUGAGAAAUAUAAGUUGUUAUAUAAAGAAAAAAAAAGAAGAGUAAAUAAGAAUAAUAAGAAUUUAAGUGAUACAUACAAAGUAUUAAUAAAUAUUUGUAUCAAUGAAAUAAAAAAAAAUAAUGAUCAUGAAGGACUAAAUGAAGUUUAUGAAGCGUUAAAGAAUAAUCAUAAUAAUAAUAAUAAUAUUAAUAUUAAUAUUAAUAGUGAUAAUAUAAAUAGUGUUGAUGUGAAUGAUUACUAUAAUAAAAAGGAAAUAUUUGAAAAGAACACAAAAAGAAAUAUAUAUAAUAAUAAUAAUAAUAAUUGUUGUUAUUAUAAUGAUUUAAUGAUGGUAGGUAUGAAGAGAAAAAAAGAAUUACUUUAUAGUGAUGAUGAAUUUGAAGAAUGUAAAAAAAAAAAGAUGUGUAGAAAAAAUAAUAUCGAAUCUGAUAUGUUUGAUAUUUUUAAAAAUGUGAUAAAUGUAUUAACGUGUAAAUAUCCUGAACAUAAUAUAAAAGAAUUUUUUUUUAAUAGUCAUAAUAAAUUAAAAGAAGAAUAUGAGAAUAAUAAGAAUAGAUCUAUAAAAUUAUCAAGUUAUAAUAGUAAUAGAUAUAAUAAUGUAUAUAAUAAAAUAAAGAAUAAGAUAUUUUAUUCAAGAAAUGAUAUUAAGAAAAAAAGUUUAAUACAUAUGAAAUAUAAAUCUGAUGUAUUUAAUUAUUGUUUAAAAAAUAUAAAAAGAAAUAUAACAAUAUUAUCACAUUAUUUACCACAUAAAAAAGAAUAUGAUUAUAUAACUAAAAUAAUGUUUGAUGAAUAUUGUGAUAAUAUAAUAACAUCUGGAAUAGAUGGAUUUAUAAAAGUAUAUCAUUUAAUAACAGGGAAUUUAAUAAUGUCUAUACAUGCACAUAAUAAUUUAAUAACAGAUUUUGAUAUUCAUAAAUCAAAUAAAUACAUGAUAUCAUGUGAUGAAAAGGGCAUAGUCAAAUUUUGGUUUCUAGAUAAAUAUAAAUAUAAAUUAUUAUUUACAUAUAGAAGAACAUUUUAUAUGAAAAACGUAAAGUUUUUUUACAACAUUGCAAGUAAGAAUGGUAGAUCUUCACAUCGUUGUGUGAAUAAAAAUUAUGGCCCAUGCCAUAAUAAUAAUAAUAAUAAUAAUAAUAAUAUUAAUAAUAACUAUUAUAACAUGUGUGAUUAUUAUUGUCACGAUUUUAAUAGUAACAGUAGCUGUUCUUGUCUUUCUUAUAAGACAUAUGCCCUGUGCUCAACGAAUACAUAUUUUUUUAUUAUAAAAUUUGAUGACUUAAAUAAUGACUAUCAAAUUAUAAGAUCUAUUAAUACAUUUAAUAUGAAUAACGUAAAGUUUUUUCCUUAUCUUCAAUUCUCUUAUUCAUUAAAUUAUAAUAUAUCUCCUUAUACUUAUAACAAGUUGAUAAUAUCUAAGAAUCCUAUAAAAGAAUUAAAAAACAGUUAUUUAAUAUUUAUCAAUACACAAAAAGAUAUAAAUGACAUAUAUAAUGAUAACAAUAAUGAUUAUAUAAAUGGUCGUAAGAAGAAACUGAAAUUUUUAUUAUUGACCACAAAGAAAAUAUAUGAUGAUAAUGAUUAUAAUGAUGAAAAUAUGAUUAUUACUCCACAUGAUAUUGAAAUAAAAAAAUAUGUAAAUAAAGUUAGUGAUGAAAUAUAUAAUAAUAUACAUGCAGAAGAUGUUAUAGAAUUAGCAUAUAAUAAAGGAGAUCAAAAAAAAAAAAAAUUAAAUGAACAAGAUAAUUCAUAUAGAAAAAUAUUUCAAUUUUUUGAAAUAAAUAUUUUACAGAAUUUAAAAAAUAAUAUAGGUAUUAUAAAUCUGGAGUGUCUUUCUAACAAUGAUGAUGAGGUUAUUAAUGUAGAGGAAGUACAUAGAGAAACCCAAGAGAGCAAAAAUAAGGAAAAUAACAAAGAAAAUAAUAGUUAUAAUAAUAGUUAUAAUAAUAGUUAUAAUAAUAGUUAUAAUAAUAGUUAUAAUAAUAGUCAUAUUAAUAGUCAUAUUAAUAGUCAUAAUAGUAGUCAUAAUAAUAAUAAUAAUAAUAAUAAUAAUAAUAUUGAUGAGGGGUGUUUUAAUAAAUAUAAUUAUUGUGAAGUAAAAAAUCAGAAAGUGAAAAUACCCAUCUUUUGUUUUUAUACUUCUCUGUAUGUUGAAUAUAUGAUUGAAUCUUCAGCCAUGCAUGAGAAUGCAAAAACAAAAAAUAAAAAUGAAAAUGUUUUAAAUGAAAUAAAUAAAGAAAAUAAAAAUGAUCUCUUUAUUAUAUCUUCGACUUCUUGUUCGUCUUAUUAUUAUUCCUCGAGUGAUUAUGAUGACAGACGUAGUCAUACGUUGGAUGAUGAAGAUGAACUAAGGCCAAAUGAUAAUUAUUCUGAUGAUUCUUUGAGAAGAAGUGGAAGAAAUGAUUCGAAUGGCAGCCUAACAAGAAAUAAUAAUAAUAAUAUGAUAACAUGGAAUGAAGACCAUAAUUAUAUUAAUAAUAAUCAAAGUGUUUUUAAUAAUCAAAGUGUUUGCGAUAAUCAAAAUGUUUGUGAUAAUCAAAAUGUUUGUGAUAAUCAAAAUGUUUUUAAUACGAAAGAUAGGGAAGAAGUUAAUAAUAAAGGUGAAGGAUGCAUUAUUAAAAAAUUCGAUAAUAUUUCUAGAACGGAUAGAAAUAAUGAUAAAUAUAAAGAUAAAAAGAGUAAAAAAAAUAAUAAUGAUAAUAAAAAAUAUCAUAAUAAUUAUAAUGAGAGUAAUUAUUUAAAAAAAAAUAAUGUUUGUAAUAAAUGUUCAAGUGAUAAAAAAUGUAUUCAUACAUUAAAUAAGGAAAAACCAAAUAUGAAAUCAAAAUUACGAGCUAAGAAAUUACAUUAUAAAAUAAGUAGUAUAUCAUUAAAUAUAUCUGAUGAAUAUUUAAUUGUUGCUGAUGGGAUUACAAAUAAAUCGAAUUCAUCAAAAGAUAUAAAUAAUGCUGUUACUAUGAAAACAAAUUUGUCUAUAUUUAAUACAAAAACUUAUGAAGAGACUAAAUUUUUUGAUUUAAAAAAAUGUGAUAGUUAUGUUAGUUUUAUAGAACCUAAUCCAUUUUAUAAAGAUAUUAUAUUAUUUGGUUGUUAUAGAAAAUAUAUAUAUUUAUUAAAUGUUGAAAAAAAAAAAAUUAUAAAAAAAUUUUCAUAUGAUAGUGAUUUAAAGAAUUUUUUUGCUCAAUGGAAUAAAAAUGGAUACUUUUUUAUAGUGUCUCAUAAUUUUGGAUACUUUUCUAUCUUUACAUUGAAUAAAAAUUCAUGUUAUAAAUUUACAUUGUGUGAACAGAUAACAUCUACUCAGGUAUCUUUUUUGAAUGAUAUGAAUGGAAAUGAAAAUAUGGAGGAUUAUGAUAAUGUGAAUGUCUUGUCAGAUGUAUAUGUAUAUGAUUCUGUAGGUGGCAUGAACGAAUCCAAUCGUGUUCUUCCGCUAGAUGCGUCAACUAUAAAUAAUAGUGACAUGCGACAUAGAGGGAGGCGCGCCGCAAGGUCCAUCAACAGCAAUGUAAAUAAUAACACAAGGAGUAAUAACACAAGAAAUAAUAACACAAGAAGUAAUAACACACGAAAUAAUAACACAAGAAGUAAUAACACACGAAAUAAUAACACAAGAAGUAAUACCCCCAGAAAUAAUAACAACAAUAGUAAUAAUCGUGGGGGACAUAGACUCAUCAGGGGAGGGAAUAGAAUCGAGCGAAUGACCAAUAGUGAUGACGAGCUUGAGAUUAUUACAAGAAAUAAUGUAAAUGAUUUAAAUGAUCAAAAUGUAAAUGAUUUAAAUGAUCAAGAUGUAAAUAAUAUUAAAGAUGAAAAGAAUAAUAUCAUUUUAAAAUCCUCUAGUAAGAGAAAAAAGAAAAUUAUCGAAGAAAGUUCAGAUAAUUCAAGCUCAGAAAAAACUAUAUAUACAUUAUAUACAGAUAGUAAUUCAAGAUGUUCUCAAAAAAAUAAAAAUAAAAAUGACAAAAACAAUAUUGAUAUAUGUGAUAAUGAUUCUUUUGUUGAUUUGAAUGAACAAAAAAAAAAUGACAAUAUUUAUAUUAAUAAAAAUGAUGGUGAUCAGGAGGAUGAUCUUUUAAAUGAUGAAGUUAAAAUUAUAGAAAAUGGAAAGAACAUAUAUGAGAAAAGAACAAAAGAAAAGUUUUUAAAUAAUAAAAAAACUAUUAUAAAUCUGGAGUGUCUUUCUAACAAUGAUGAUGAGGUUAUUAAUGUAGAGGAAGUACAUAGAGAAACACAAGAGAGCAAAAAUAAAAUGAAAACAAAAAGAAGAAAUAAGAAUAAUAUAAAUAAUAGUAAUAUAAAUAAUAGUAAUAUAAAUAAGAAUAAUAUAAAUAAUAGUAAUAUAAAUCAUAGUAAUAGUAAUAAUUAUUAUGGUGAGGAUGAAAUUAUCAACAUUGAUCAUAUUAUUAACACUAGUUCUUCAUUUAAUUCAACAGAUAAUAUAUAUAAAAAAAAUAAAAAACUUGCAAAUAAAUCAAGAAAAAGGAAUUCAGAGCAUGACUGUAUUCAUAUUAAAGAUAAUAGUUUUGUAGGGAAUAAAGAUGACGCUUUUGUGUUAGAUGAUGACGAUGAAAUAAAUAGUAACACUAAUAUUAAUAAUAUUAAUGAUGAUGAUAAAGACAAUAUUUAUAAUAAUAAUAAUAAUUAUUAUUAUUGUCAGAAUGAAAGAUGUGAUGAUAAAUCGUUGAAUCCAAAUAAACGCUUAAGUUUUAUUAAAAAAAAUAAAAUACAAAGAAGGUGUAAAAAUGAAGAAAUAGAAAAAGUAACAGAAAUAUAUGAUGAUAAAAAGGAAGAAGAAAGUUCAAGUAACGAUAAUUCUUUUUUUGAUGAUGAAAGCUCAAUUAGUUUUCUCAGUGAUGAAACUAAAUAUGAUAAUUAUAGAGACAGUUUAAAUAAUACAUCAGAUGAUAGUUAUACAUUAUAUAUAAAAAAAAUAAACAAACACGAAAGAAAUAAUAAUAAUAUUAAUUGUAAUAAUAGUAAUAAUAAUAAUAAUAAUAUUAAUUGUAAUAAUUAUAAUAAUAAUAUUAAUUAUAAUUAUAAUUAUAAUUAUAAUCGUUGUGAUAACAUAUCAAAUAUGUCGUGGAGUUCGGAUAAUGAUCAGAAUUUAUUAAGUGAUUCAAUGCUAUCAAAAAAUCAUACAUAUAAUAAUAAACAUUUAUAUCAAAAAAUAUAUAGAAAUAAUAAUGCAUGUUCUUUAUUUUUUAAGAAAAGAAAAAAGAAAGGAAAAUGUAUAUCUGAAGAGAAUAAACCUAUACAUAAUAAUUUUAAUAAUAUAAAUGUUCUUGUUGAUAAGAAAUUUAAAAUAUAUGAACAAGAAUUACAACCUUUACUUCCACGAUUUUCUAGUUUUAAUUUAUGUGAUAAUUAUUUAGAUUUUUUAAAAAAUCAAAAAAUAGAUCCAAUAAAUAUUCAUAUAAGUUAUUAUAAAUAUAUAUAUACAAAAUUAAAAAAUAAAGAUACAAGUUAUAAGAAUUUAUUGAUAUAUGAUAUAUUAUAUAGAAUAUUACAAAAUUAUAGGAAGAAUUCACCAUUAUAUUAUAAAAAUAUAGAUAAUAAUAAUAAUAAGAAGAAGAAAGAUAUGAAUCUAAAAAAUAUUCAAUGUGAUAAAUUUAUGAAGUCUAGUAGUAUAAAACAAAUUAAUUAUUUUAAUGGCCCAUCUCCUAAAGAUCAGCCAAUUAUAUCUAAUAAUAAUAUUUUAAAAUAUGAAAAUAAAAAUGAAUUAGAUGUAUCAGAUGAGAAGGGAACUGUUGGUAUAUGUGAAGAAUCUUUAAAUUAUAAUUAUUACAACAGUGUUAACGAGUUUGAUUUAAAAAUGGAUCCUUUAUUAGAAAAAUUAAAUAAAUAUAUUGAAUUUUAUAAAAAAGGGAAAGGUGAGAAGAAUAAACAGAAUUAUAUAAAUGUAAUGAAAAUAAAUAAAAUAUAUAAUCGUUUUAUUAAUAAAACGGAUGAUAUAAUAUAUUCAUAUGG